GUUAUCUGAAUUCAAAGUUUCAAAAUUUUCCUACAUAAAUCCAAAUAAACCCACCAAAAUUCAAAUUCCUGCCAAGUUUGAUUAAGACCUUUUCUUCUUUCUUUCUUUUUUUCUUUUUUUCCCAAUUUUCAUUCAAUUAUCUUGUAUUGUUUCCUUUAAAGUCAUUCCUCAUUAAAGUAGAUUCUUUUAUCAUUAUUACUAAGUAAUUGCUUCAUAGAAUUUUUUUUUUCUUACGACCUUAAUUUCCAGGAAGGUUUUAUUAUUUUGAAGGAGAUGAACCCGUCAAACGCACCACCUCAGACAUCACCUCCAUCAGAUGCGAUGGACACGUCACCCCUCCUGACCCAUUCCAUAUCCGACCACCUUCUCCGCAGCCGCCGCAUCCUCCGUCGUCGAUCUCCACCUUUACCUGGCACAGCCGCUAGGCUCCUCCGACGCGCCAGUAGUCGUCGUUUGAUGCUCCGUGAGCCAUCGGUUCGCGUGCGAGAAACCGCUGCGGAGCAACUCGAAGAGCGUCAAAGCGAUUGGGCCUACUCGAAGCCCGUUAUAAUCCUCGACAUUCUCUGGAAUAUGGCGUUUGUGGUAAUGGCGGUUGUCGUUUUGGGACUCAGCCUUGAAGAAAAGCCCAGCGUCCCCUUAAGGCUCUGGAUUUGGGGUUACGGCUUACAGUGUUUGUUUCACGUGGCUUGCGUAGCAGUAGAAUAUAAAAUAAGAAACGAAAGGAGGGUUGAGGGCUUGCAGAGCAACGAGGAUCCGGAUUUGGGUCUGAAUUCUGAGUCCGGGAGUGAAGCAGAGGAUUCCGAGGAUAAUGUAACAGAGGAGCUGAAUAGUGGAGAUGAAACCAGAGUUGCCAAGAGCUUGGAGUCUGCAAAUACGAUGUUUUCAUUUCUUUGGUGGAUAAUCGGAUUUUACUGGAUAAUUGCCAAAGGACAAGUUUUGACACAUCAGGCACCUAAGCUUUACUGGCUUUGUGUUACAUUUCUUGCGUUGGAUGUGGUGUUUGUAUUCAUCUGUUUUGCUGUUGCCUGCCUUAUUGGUCUUGCUGUUUGCUGCUGUCUUCCUUGUAUCAUUGCAAUUUUGUAUGCUCUUACAGACCGGGAUGGAGCAACAGAUGAAGAAAUUGAUAGAUUGCCAAAGUACAGGUUUCAAAGGACAGGUGAUCUCGAAAAAGUACAUGGUGAAAUUUAUAACAUAAUGACUGAAUCUAACACCGAUACUCCUACUGAACGGAUUCUUUCACGUGAAGAUGCUGAAUGCUGCAUCUGCCUUUCUGCUUAUGAAGAUGGGACCGAGUUGCGCGAACUUCCUUGCGAUCACCAUUUCCAUUGCAACUGUAUAGACAAGUGGUUGUACAUCAAUGCUACAUGUCCUCUCUGCAAGUUCAACAUUCUAAAGGGGAGCGAAGAGGUUUAGAAAACCCUAAAUUGCAGGAAUUAGCACUGCCUGUUUGCAGUUCCCUGCUUGUAUGUAAAUGUAAUUAUAUGACUAUACAUCAGCAUAGAACAGGUUUUGCAACAAAGGCAGAUGUGUUUUUUGUUUUCCAUUUGGAGUGUUUUUGAAAUUGUUAAUAUACUACAUACAGUAAAUGCUUUUUCCCA